AUGAACUCAGAUGAAGAAUAUGAUCCCGAGCAGCAGGUAGACGAAGGUCGCUUGCAAGAGCUUGAAGACAAAGUUGCCGUGCUCACAAAGGAGAAUGAAGUCUUAAAAGCACAGUUCAAUCAAGCAAUAACCCUUAGUGACACUUUGAAGGCAGUUACAGCCAAGAGCGAAGAUCAGCAGCAAAAGAUUAGAUCUCUUUCACUCGAGAACGAAGAUUUGAACCACAGGAUUGAGAUCUUAUCGAAGCAGCUUGAAGAAUCUAACCAAAAGCUUGCUGAUCAGCGUAAGGCUCACGAUGAGCAACGCCAAAUCGAUCAGAAAGAUCUUAACGGAGAAAUUGAUCGCGUUAAGUCAGAAUUAAACCAAACAAUAGAAAAACUUUCCAAAGACUUAGACGACGCCGUCAGCGACAAAGAUUCUCUUGAAUCCGAAAUUAAAUUACUCAAGACUAAGAACCAGAACGUCAUUUCUGCCGCAAAUUACAGUUUCUCAGAAGAUUUCUCUUCAAUCGAAGAUGUUAUCACAUAUUUAGAAGAGAGGAAGGAUAGUGACGCCAAAGCUGGCUCGCCAAAGAAAGCAGAAGGCUCUCCAAAGAAAUCUCCAACAAAGACUCCAAUUUCGCAACCAGCUCCAGACGUCGCUAACAUGAAGAACAAGUUGCGAUCCCUUAGCAACAAAAACAAGCAGCUUAUGGACACAUGCGUUUCUCUUGAGGAGCAAUUGAACAUUGCUCAGCGUAAACUCAAGGAACAAGAGUCCAAGUACACAAUCCAAAUCAAGCAAUACGAGCAGAAGCUCAAAGCGACACAAGAAGAAGCUUCACAGCAACAACAAGAUCAGAAACAAACAAUUACAACACUUGAGAACAAGAUCGAUGCUCUCAAAUCAGACAUUGCCAAUACACGAUCCGCUCUUCACGAAUCUACAGUCAUAAAUAUCCCUAACGAGGGCUCAAUUUUGAAUUCUCCGAAACCAACGAAUACUACACCAAAGAGGACACCAGUUACCUCCAGAAGUGUUACCAUAGCCCAACCAGAACCAUCUACGACCUCCAGAGUUUCACAACGUACAGCCGCCGAUCAAGAAUUAGAUCAUCUCAACACCCGUAACUCCGAAUUGACCGCAGAGCUUCAGCUUGUCAAUGCCAAGAAGGAUGAUCUCCAGAAGAAGCUCGCAGAAGCUUCACAAGCCCGCCAACAAUUAGAAUUAAAUGUUUCUAAACAAAAAGUGACAUUUGAUGCAUUGACCACUGUUCAUUCCGAAACAGUGCUUGAAUUAGAGACAGUUAGGAAGACAUUAUCUAAUUUGAGUCCACUGAAAGAGAAUCCAGAGAAAACACAGAAGAAAGAGCAAGACCAAUUCAAGAAGAAAAUUAAUUUACUUGAACAAACAAUUUCCGAACAAAAGAAGCAGAUCUCAGCAGCAAUCAACGAGGCAAUAUCAACUAAAGGUGAACUCGCGAGAUUGUCCGCCCACGCAAAUCAUUUAGAGUCAGAACUCUCGAGAUGUGACAAACAGAUCAGAAAAUUGACAGCGGAUUUGACAGAAGCAGAACACAGAUACGAAACGAAACCAACUGUCACGGAAGACGACAUUUUACCAUCAUCAGCAUGGAGAUUCUCCGGAUUCGAUACAGAACUCAGUGACCAAGUUGCAGCAAUCGGAAACAACGAAGCUCUCCAGACAUCAUCGAAAUUAAGAAACGCGUUCAAAGCAAUCGCUGAUUACUACAAUAAGAAUGUUGAUGAAAGCGAUGCAGCAGCAUUUGAAGCAAACGAAACACUCGCAAACUUCAAAUCAAUAUUGAACACGUUCAUCGUUGAUUUGACAAUUGCUUAUUCCGGUGACGCGAAGAACAUCGAUUUCUUCAUUUCUGACAGCGGAAAAACAAUUGUAAAAGAAGUGACAGAUCUCAAGAAAUCAUUCGAUGAAAUGAGAAGAAAGAACAACCAGUACGAACAGACGAAUAACCUGUUCAAAGAAAUGUUUGGAGAUGAUGAAGAUCUCACUGAAACAUUCCAGAAUUUGAAACAAACAUUGGAACAAAGAGCAAACAAUUUGGAGUCAAGAAACAGAAGAGUUAAAGACUUGAAACAACAACUAGAAGUAUUACAGAAGAAAUACCAAACAGAGAAAUCUGAUUUACAAGCAGAUCUCGAUGAGAAAUCCGCCAAACUCGAAGAAAUUUCUGCAAAUUUAGUUCAGGCGACAUCAGAAAUUUCAUCAUUGAAGAGAAGGAACCAAGAAUUGACACAGCUCUUGAGAGAAGCACGCAAAAACAACGACAACUUGCAGUCAACAAUGAUGGCUGAACAGGAGAACGCAGCACAAUCAACAGCAGACGAAAUAACUCGCUUGGAUCAGUCAUUGCGCGCUGAAAUAAGACAAGCAGAAGAACGUCUUAACAUGACAGAAAGUGAGUUAGAAGAUGCAGCACAAGAAAUCGAGAGAUUGAAACAAGUCAUCAAUUCCCAGAAAGAAACACUUCUCGAGAAGGAAGCAAAGAACAAGGAUGAAAGAAACAACAUGGAAGAAGAAUUGGCAAAUGAAAAGAAACAUCAUGAAGAAGAGAAAGCAGAGAUAAUUGAUAACUAUGAAAAAGCAAUUGAAUCACUUAAAGAAAACUCUGAAAAUCAGCGUCAAACAAUCGAAAAACUUACAAAUGAAAUCAAGACAUUUGACGCGAAAAUCAAGGAGUUACAGAAACAGCUUUCUAAGCUUAAACGCAAGAAGAAGACAUUGAUUGAAGAAGUUCGAAUUACAAAGGAAGAAUGCGACAGAGAAUUGAAGUUAUCUGAGUCAAGACAUAUCUCUGAAAUGAUGAAGAUUGAAACAGAUUGCAACGCAAGAAUUUCUAAACAACAGGAACAGAGUGAUAAUGAGAAGAACCAUCUCAUCAUUUUCGCUGCAAAUGAACUCAAAUCUUAUGCAAAUACUAAUGAAUCUGCACUCUCUGAAAGAUCUUACAAACAGUUGAUUUCUAAGGCUAAAAGUGAGUUAGACAGAUUGUCAAAGAUUGACAACGCAAUCAGGAAAAUGACAAAGGCAUCAGAUCGCCAAACAACUGAAGAUUCUGUUGCUCAAUUACUUCUUUCUAAAUAA